AUGGAGAAAUUAAUAGAGUCGGGUUCUAAGCUUGGGUUGGAAGGUAAAGAUUUGUUAGAUUUUGUAACUCAACAGCAGAAUAUAGAGCGCGAAGAAAGACAGAGAGAACGUGAGUUCAAAAGGGUAGAGAUUGAGAGAGGGCUUGAAGAGAAAAAGAAGGCUAUGCAGCUUGAAGCUGAUAGAAAAAGACAGCAGGCUGAGUUUGAAGAAAAUGAAGCUCAGCGAAAACAUGAGUUAGAAAUGAAACAACUUGAGUUAAAAGGUGCUCUAAGUAGAAGCCCUGAUAGUAGGUACACUGAUUUAGCAAAAUCACCUAAGCUUCCUGCUUUUGUUGAUGGGAAGGAUGAGUUGGAUAGCUAUUUGUUGCGUUUUGAGCGUUUUGCCGCAAGCAAUGAGUGGGAUAAAUCCAAAUGGGCUACGUCAUUAAGUGCGUUGUUAACUGGUAAAGCUUUAGAUGUAUAUUCUAGGCUUUCAGAUAUGGCAGCAUCCGAUUAUGGGUUGGUUAAAGAAGCUUUGCUAAAAAGAUAUGAAUUGACGGAGGAGGGCUAUAGAUUGAGGUUUAUGAAUUUCAAGCCCGAGAAUGGUGAGAGUUGUGAUCAAUGUAUAGUCAGGCUGAAAAAUUACUUUCUUAAGUGGAUUGAGUUGUCUGGUACGAAUAGGUCAUUUAAUGGUGUAUGUGACUUGAUGAUUAAGCAACGGUUUAUUGAUUCUUGUCCCAGGGAUGUAUCCAUACGCAUGCGCGAGAAGCAGCCUAGAACUCUUGAUGAGUUGGCUAAGUAUGCUGACCGUUACUUAAUUGCUCAUGACAGGAAGUUGACCUCCCCUUGCGACUUCCCAUGUAUAAAAUCUCAGAUGCCGGGUGGUCAGGAAAUCAAUUCUGAUGUUCAGUGUUAUAAAUGCAAAGAGUAUGGUCAUAUGUCUCGAGAGUGCAAAGUGAGGCCUUCACAGGGUUACGGGGUCAGAUGUUAUAAUUGUGGCCGUUUGGGACACAGAUCUGUUACAUGUCGAUUUUCAACAAGGUUUGGUGAUAGGCCUAAUGUGAAAAAAGUCGGUGCUGCUGUGGUUGAUUUAGGUGGUGAUGCAGAACAGGAAAGUGAAAAUAGUGCAGUAUGUUUAGUGCAACCCAAGUUCACAACCAAGGCUGAUAUUGAAUCUUGUAUUGAUGGUGGCGAGCUUUUGUUGGCUGGCGGAAAGAGAAUACCACUAGUCCAUAAUGCCUGUUUCCAACAAUCUGUUAAAUCUAAAACCAAAAUGCCUGUGGUAAAAGGAAGGAUUGGAGAGAAAGUAGUUACCACAUUGAGGGACAUUGGCUGUAGUGGUGUGGUAGUAAAAAGAGAUUUUGUGGAGGCACAGUGUUUGCCUGAUGCUAUUUAUGAUCUAGUCAUUGGUAAUGUUGAAGGAGCCAGGGCACCAGAUGAUCCUGACCCACAAUGGCAAGAAAUGUGUGCAGUGGUUACUCGUGCUAUGGCUAAGAAAGGUAACAAAAUAGUCCCUCUGUGUGUACCUGACGGGGGUAAGUCAUUAGAUGUAAGUAAGGCUCAGCUAGUAAAAUUGCAGCAUGACGAUCCAUCUCUCAGUAAAUAUUGGUCCUUGAAGGAACCUAAGUUUAAAGGUAACCAGGAAGUUAUGUUUCUGGAGAAAGGCGGUAUACUAUACAGACAGUUUACUCAUCUUCAUGUGAAUCAGGGUAGGUCUGUUAAGCAGAUGGUUGUACCUAUGCCAUUGCGUAACCAGGUCAUGAUGUUGGCGCAUGAUUCGAUAACGGGAGGGCAUAUGGGCGUAAAGAAAACUAGUGAUAGAGUUCUGAGCAAUUUCUACUGGCCAGGAAUACAUGGUGACAUAACAAGAUUCUGUAGAUCUUGUGAUAUUUGCCAGAGAACGGUACCUAAAGGUAAAAUUGCAAAAGUCCCCCUUCAGAAGAUGCCACUGAUAGAUGUGCCGUUCAAAAGGGUUGCUAUUGAUUUAGUUGGUCCUAUUCACCCUCCUAGUGAAAAAGGUCAUAAGUACAUCUUGACAUUAGUAGACUAUGCUACCAGGUAUCCAGAGGCAAUACCCCUGAAACAUAUCAGUACAGAGGAUGUAGCUGAAGCACUGGUUGAUAUGUACAGUCGCCUAGGUAUACCAGAGGAGAUUCUACAUGACAUGGGAACUCAGUUCGUGUCAGAGUGUAUGUGUGAAGUUUCUCGUCUGUUGAGUAUUAGACAACUGUCAACCACCCCUUAUCAUCCAAUGUGUAAUGGCCUGGUUGAAAAGUUUAAUGGUACGUUAAAAGCAAUGUUGAAGCGUUUGUGCAGUGAGCAGCCAAAGCAGUGGCACCGCUACAUCAAUGCAUUGUUAUUCGCCUAUAGAGAAGUGCCCCAAGAAUCAACAGGUUUUGCUCCAUUUGAGCUGAUGUAUGGGAGGACUAUCAGAGGUCCUAUGCAUAUUUUGAAGCAACUCUGGACGACAGAGACUGAGGAACCAGAAAUUAGAAACAGUUAUCAGUAUGUGUUUGAGUUAAGAGAGCGCUUGGACGAAACACUGAAAAUUGCACAGGUAGAGAUGCAGAAAUCCCAGCAACGGUACAAGCACUACUAUGAUAGGAAGGUGAAAGUCAGAAGGUUUCAACCUGGACAAACGGUUCUUAUUCUACUACCAACUGAUAGUAACAAGUUAUUAAUGCAGUGGAAGGGGCCAUAUGAAAUUGAUAGUGUGAUUGGUGUAAAUGACUAUAGAGUAAAGGUACGUGGAAAGUACAAAACUUAUCAUGCUAACUUGCUGAAGAAGUAUAUUCAACGAAAUGAGCAGAGUAGUGAAGCUGAUGACAAUCUGCCUGUCUUGGGCAUUGCUAGUGCAGCUGUCAUAGAGUAUGAAGAGUCUUUAGAUGAAGACGCUGUACAGGAUGAUGACUUGUUGGUGCUGAAUUCUUGCAUGUCAAAGGAGUCAGUAGCUGACGUGAAGUAUGGCAGGAACCUGACUCAUGAUCAGGAGCAAUCAGUUCGCUGUCUAGUGCACGAGUAUAAGCACAUAUUUACAGACCUACCUGGCACUACCAACCUUAUCCAGCAUCGUAUUCAACUGAGAACCGAUGAACCUAUAAGAUCGAGGCCUUACCCGGUGCCAUAUAGUGUACGAGAGUCUUUGAAAGAGGACAUUCAAAGUAUGUUGAAGAUGGGAGUUAUAAGAGAAACCGAAUCCCCAUACGCAUCACCUGUCGUGAUAGUACGCAAAAAAGAUGGAUCGAAUCGUAUAUGUAUUGACUACCGAAAACUAAACAAGGUAACAGUGUUUGAUCCAGAGCCAAUGGUGACGCCAGAUGAUAUGUUCCAAGAUCUCAGUAAAGACAAGUACUUUACUAAGGUGGAUCUUAGUAAGGGGUUUUGGCAGGUUCCUGUGGCGGGGGAGGACAUACACAAAACAGCUUUUGUUACCCCAGAUGGUACCUACGAGUUUUUGAAAAUGCCAUUCGGAAUGAUGAAUUCUGGUGCAACCCUGGUCCGUGGUGUCAGAAAGAUGUUGAGUGGGAUGUGUAAGGUGGUUAGUUAUGUUGACGAUAUUUUGGUUCACACCAUCACUUGGUGUGAGCAUAUAACUACACUCAAAGAGUUGUUCAGCAGGAUGGCUGAUGCUCAGCUUACUGCUAGACCAUCCAAGUGCAUAAUAGCUUCUGAUGUUAUUGAUUUCGUCGGUCAUCGAGUUGGUCAGGGUUUUCUGAGUCCACACGAGGAUAAUGUAAAAAAGGUUAGAAAUGUUCCUCGGCCCAUGACUAAGAAGGAAGUCAGGUCGUUUCUUGGUCUAACUGGAUUUUACAGGGAGUAUAUACCUAACUAUGCAGCUAUUGCAGUACCAUUAACUGAUUUAACAAAGAAUGGCCAACCCAUCAAAGUUGUGUGGGGAGAAGCACAAGAGAAGGCUUACCGAACUCUUAUCCAUGUAAUAACCAGUAAACCUAUAUUGAGGUUGCAUGAUUCACACAAGCGUUACGUGUUACGUACAGAUGCUUCUGAUGUUGGGAUUGCAGCAGUCCUGUUACAAGGUCAUGAUGGAAAGUUAUUCCCUGUGAGUUAUGCUAGCAAGAAGUUGUCACAAAGAGAAAAGGCAUAUUCGACUAUCGAAAAGGAAUGCUUGGCGAUCGUGUGGUCUGUAAAGAAGUAUAUGAUGUAUUUGUAUGGAACCCAGUUCAUUCUCCAGACAGACCAUCAGCCGUUAUUGUAUGUUGACAAGGCUAAAUUCAUCAAUGACAAAGUAAUGCGAUGGGCAAUGUUUCUGCAGAACUACCGAUUUACCGUUGAAUGUAUUAAGGGCUCAGAUAACCAUGGAGCUGAUUUUCUAAGUAGAGCAGUUUAA